GAAGGAGCAAUGACGAUAAAAAAACAAAUGAUUAAUCAGGAAAUAUGGCGCUUGCCAAGAUAAAAAUGUAGAAAUUUUAAAGUAACCAUUGUCCAUUUGUCAUAAUUUGAAGUGUUAAAAGUGUUUAAAUAACAAACUUGGCUAAUUCCGUGAUCCGGCUCCAAUAAAAUUAAUCGCCAACAUGAGUGUCGACGCAUACGGCCCUAGUUCGCAAACUCUCACGUUUUUAGAAACCGAAGAAAACGAUUUAAUCGGGGCUGACACCCAGGGCUCCGAAUGUGAAUUCACGGAUUUCACGAUACCCUCACAAACACAGGCUUCUCAACACGACCACGCGGGCCCCAAGGUUUCUGGUGUACAGCUCAACAACAAUAUCAGUAAUAAAAUCGCAAGCGCUACCACUACACUAGGAGAACUGCAGUUUGAAGAGGAGGAUGAAGAGUAUUUCAACAGCAAAGAGCUACCGAAUUAUGCCUGCAAGUAUUGUGGCAUCCAUGAGCCGAACUGCGUUGUCAUGUGCAACUGCUGCAAGAAAUGGUUUUGCAACGGGCGAGGAAACACGUCAGGAAGUCACAUCAUCAACCACCUGGUCAGGGCCAAACAUAAGGAAGUCACUCUACACAAAGACGGCCCUCUCGGUGAAACCAUCCUAGAAUGCUACAGCUGCGGCGUUCGAAACGUGUUUGUUCUAGGCUUUAUUCCAGCAAAAGCCGACUCCGUAGUAGUUCUAUUAUGUAGACAGCCUUGUGCAGCUCAAAAUUCCCUCAAGGAUAUGAACUGGGACCAAGACCAAUGGAAACCCCUCAUCACUGAUCGCUGCUUCCUCACCUGGCUUGUUAAGAUCCCCUCUGAACAAGAACAAUUGCGCGCUCGACAGAUUUCAGCUCAGCAAAUCAAUAAACUCGAAGAAUUGUGGAAGGAUAACGUGGAUGCCACUUUCCAAGAUCUAGAAAGACCGGGAGUUGAUGAGGAACCACAACAAGUGCUGCUGAGAUAUGAGGAUGGUUAUCAGUAUCAGAAUAUAUUUGGACCUCUUGUGAAAUUAGAAGCUGAUUAUGAUAAGAGGUUGAAGGAGUCGCAAACCCAAGAAAAUAUUGAAGUUAGAUGGGAUGUGGGUUUGAAUAAGAAAACUAUUGCAUAUUUUACACUUGCGAAAACUGAUGGAGACAUGAAGUUGAUGCAUGGAGAUGAAUUGAGGCUGAGAUAUGUGGGAGAAAUGCAUAAGUCUUGGGCUGGGGUGGGACAUGUUAUCAAAGUUCCUGAUAAUUAUGGAGAAGAUAUUGGGAUUGAAUUGAAGAAUGGAAAUGGAGCGCCAACUGAUUGUAACAGCAACUUUGUGGUUGACUUCAUCUGGAAAAGUACCAGUUUUGACAGAAUGCAACUUGCUCUCCGAAAAUUCGCCGUCGACGACACGUCCGUCUCGGCUUACAUCUAUCACCGUCUCCUUGGCCACGAAGUCGAAGAAGUUUUAUUUAGGUGCCACCUCCCGAAGCACUUCUCGGCACCGAACCUUCCCGAUUUGAACCGUUCUCAAGUAUACGCAGUAAAGCACGCCCUUCAAAGACCCCUUUCGCUCAUCCAGGGCCCUCCCGGUACCGGCAAAACCGUAACAUCAGCCACCAUUGUUUACCAACUAGUCAAACAAAACGGUGGCCCCGUUCUCGUCUGCGCUCCUAGCAACACGGCAGUCGACCAGCUCACCGAAAAAAUCCACAAAACAAACCUAAAGGUGGUCCGACUAUGCGCGAAAUCCCGUGAAGCUAUCGACUCCCCGGUCAGCUUCCUAGCCCUGCAUAACCAGAUUCGCAAAAUGGAAGCCAACACCGAGCUUCAGAAGCUGCAGCAACUGAAAGACGAAACGGGCGAACUGAGCAGCGUUGACGAAAAGAGAUACAGGAUGUUGAAGAAGUUGGCUGAAAAAGAGCUGUUGGAAGCGGCGGACGUCAUCUGUUGCACUUGCGUGGGUGCUGGCGAUCCACGAUUGGUCCGUUUGAAGUUCCACUCGAUCUUGAUCGAUGAGAGUAUGCAAGCGACUGAGCCGGAGUGUAUGGUGCCGGUUGUUCUGGGUGUGAAGCAGCUGAUCUUGGUCGGUGAUCAUUGUCAGUUGGGGCCUGUGGUCAUGUGCAAGAAGGCGGCGAGAGCUGGUUUGUCGCAGAGUUUGUUCGAAAGGUUGGUGGUGCUGGGAAUUCGACCUUUCCGUUUGGAGGUUCAGUACAGGAUGCAUCCGGAGCUGUCGAGGUUUCCGUCGAAUUUCUUUUAUGAGGGGAGCUUGCAAAAUGGAGUGUGUGCUGACGAGAGGAAGUUGAAUAAGAUUGAUUUUCCGUGGCCGAUUUCCGACAGACCGAUGUUUUUUCAUGUCACGCAAGGGCAGGAGGAAAUUGCCGGUUCUGGUACCAGCUAUUUGAACAGGACAGAGGCUGCUAAUGUAGAGAAGAUCGCAACCAGAUUUCUGCGAUCCGGCGUAAAACCAGAACAAAUAGGAGUAAUCACCCCAUACGAAGGUCAACGAGCUUAUUUAGUCCAAUACAUGCAAUACCAAGGAUCUCUCCACAGCAAAAACUACCAAGAAAUCGAAAUCGCAAGCGUUGACGCUUUCCAAGGUCGCGAAAAAGACAUCAUCAUAAUGUCAUGCGUCAGAUCGAACGAACACCAAGGAAUAGGUUUCCUUAAUGAUCCACGUCGUUUAAACGUCGCACUAACCCGAGCCAAAUAUGGCAUUAUAAUCGUCGGCAAUCCGAAAGUCCUUUCCAAACAACCACUAUGGAAUCACCUACUCUCAUUCUACAAAGAACAGAAAGUGUUAGUUGAAGGACCACUAACCAACUUGAAGGAGUCUCUCAUCCAAUUCGCCAAACCGAAAAAGCUGACCAAUUCUGACAAUCCUGGCUCGCAUUUUAUGACCACAUCUAUGUUCGACGCUCGCGAGGCCAUGGUACCCGGCUCUAUAUACGAUCGCACCAAUACGGCUAUUAAUGGUCAGUUUAGCUAUCCCAGAGGAGCCGUACCCCUGGACAUAUUCAGCAGAACCCACGAUCCGAUCAGCUAUAUUUCCCAAGAGAGGGCCCAGGCUGGUAUGAACCUGCCGGUUCCGGUGGGAGUGUUCAUGAACAUGGCGGAUGUCCCACCGAGGUUUUACAACCAACAUCAGCAAGCCAUGCAAGCGCGCCAACAGCAAAAUCCGCGCAACCGCAAACCGCCAGUGCGGCAAAAGGGCAAGACUUUGAGUCAAGAGCAAACGCAGCCCUUCAGCCAGAGCUUGCAACUGACGCAGGGCAUGUCCCAGCCGGGAUUGUCUCAGCCCGGAUUCAGCCUGUCCCAACCUGGACUGAGCCAGCCGGAGCUCAGCCAGGACCCAUACAUGGCAGAGUACCAGUCGCAAAUGGACGGGCUCUUGUCGCAAGACUCGACCUAUCAGGGAGACAGAUCGGCCUUCUACCAGCCAAAUGCCCAGUUCUCCCAACCAUAUUGAUCACGUUUACACGGAGAUGUUUACAAGAAUCGCGGGAGCGGUUUAAUGAAAAUUUGUAAGUGGUUGAUCUGAUUGUCGAUUGUCAAAUUAUCAGUAACGCAGCACACACAGGUCCAUGACGUCGAAUACCGAUUGAAUAACAGAGAAAGUUCAAUGUCAUGCCGCACCUAUGUGAUGAGAUCAGACGACUUCUACAAUCGUGAGAGCGCGACAUGCAUCUCCAGGAAGCCUGUAGAUGAUUGUUUUCACACCUCUGCUGUGACAAACUUUCCAUAUUUAUUUCAAACAUUCAUUUUUUAGUUAUUCUUUUAUUUUCUUAUUGGUAAUAUUACGAACACUUUGUUUAAAUAUAAAGCUCUAACAGUA